AGGCAUUUGCAUUUGAACGAAAUUUCAAGUGUACUUCAGAUCGAUGGCUAAAAAUGUAAACUCUUUAGAAAUUGUCGUUAAUUUUAUAAAUCAGUAUUUACGCAGGUUGAAAAACACUAGAUUUCCAACAAAAAUGUUGGCCGAACCUGAAGUUUCAGCUGUUCCACACGUUUGCUGUAAAUCUAGAACACCACCAAGGCUGCUUUGUAGGAGACACACUGAAUAUUUCCAUAGUUCGAGACGAGGUUUCAUCAAUUUUCCGGGAAGUUCGAAUUUGGACAGACGAAAACAGUUUAAUGGAAGAAAAUUAGUUGGAUUCUCCAUGCAACAAAUGUAUGACGUUGUCUCCGAUGUUGAACACUACAAAGACUUUGUGCCCUUCUGCAAGAAAUCACUAGUUCACCGGAGAACAGCUGAUCGACUAACAGCUGACCUCAUUAUCGGUUUCCCGCCAAUUGUUGAAAGCUACACAUCACAUGUUACAUUAGUGGCGCCCAACGUGGUACAUGCCGAAUGCAAAGACGCAACACUUUUCGACCACCUAGUGACCAGCUGGAAGUUCACGCCGGGUCUCAGCAACCACCCGUUGUCCUGUGUCAUCGAGUUCCAGAUUUCGUUUGAGUUUAAAUCAUCGUUACACUCACAUUUGGCCAAUUUGUUCUUCAAUGAGUUGGUGAAACAGAUGGAGAAAGCUUUCUAUAGUGAGGCAGUUAGACGCUAUGGGAAACCAUCGAUUCCUUCUAUUAAACUGAAACUUUUGGAUAGUAGAAGGGCAUAGGAUAGGUUAGGUAACAUAAAAAGAGUUUGUGAAACAGAUUGAGAAAGUAUUCUAUAGUGAGGCAGUUAUGGGAAACCUUCUAUUAAGGCUGUGCAAAGACUAAGAAUACACUUUCUACUGGUGAAUUAAUAAAAACAAUAUAAAAAUCUCGAAGUACCCUUCAUUUUUUAAAAACUUCAAAAUAGUUCAACAACUAGUUUCGCCCCUAAUGUAGGUCAUUUUUAAAUAAAAUCAUUCAACUUGAAAAUGACCUAAGUUAGGGUUGAAACUAGUUGUUGAACUAUUUUAAAGUUUUUAAAAAAUAAAGGGUACCUGAAGAUUUUUAUAUUGCUUUUAUUAAUUUGUUAAAAAGUAGCCCUUGUGAGUGAAGUGUUUCUACUGGUGGUAUUUUUCAAAGUUCUUUGAUUUGUAUAAUAUCAAGCUAUCAAAAUGAAAAAGUUUCAUCAGGAAAACAUUUUUUCUGAUCAUUACUUUUUGAGAUAUGAGCGCCUGAAGUAUCAAUUUUUGGGACAGACAUUUCAAAUUCAGUAAGAGAUAAAUCCAUGAGACUUGGAGGAUAGAUACUUCAUGGUAUUGUUGAUUUAAUAAAACAAAAAAUUCUGGAAAUAUCAAUGAAAAAUGACCAAAAAUAACUUUUAGUUGAGCCAUUUUUGUUUAAUUGAAUAAUUUUAUCAAAAGUUGAUAUUUUUGUUUUAUUCAAAAAAUAAUACCAUGAAGAAUUUAUCCUCUAAAUCUCAUUGAUUUAUCUCUUACCGAAUUUGAAAUGUUCUGUCCCAAAAAUUAAAACACUAGGCGCUCAUGUCUCAAAAAGUAUGAUCGAAAAAAAUGUUUUCCUGAAGAAAACUUUUUCAUUUUGAUAGCUUGAUGAUAUACAAAUCGAAAAACUUUGAAAAAUACCACCAGUAGAAAGUUUAUUUUUAGCCUUUGCACAGCCUUAAACUGAAACUUUUGUAUAGUAGAAAGGCUUAGAUCAGGGAAACUUUCAAUUCCCUCUAUCAAACUGAAACUAUCUAUUCACAGUGGAGACAACGAGUUUCCCCAAAUAUGUAUCAAUAUUGGCGUAGAAAAAAGAUAGCAUAAGAAGAUAUCCCAUAGUAUAGGGCGUUAUGUUGCAAAUGUGAGUGUUAACUGAAGCCGAUAGUCCUAGUAGUUGUUUUUGGUGAAGCUAUGUGACGCUGGUAG